AUGCAUCUCACCAAAGCUCUUCCCCUCGUCGGUGCCAUCGCCUUCGCCCUGGCCCAGGACACCACAGAACCCAUCACCAUAACCGACACUCCAACACCCAUCAGGACUCCCCUCCCCAGCAGCGUAGCCGACUCCACCACGGCCAUCAUCACCAGCACCUGGGUUCCCCCCGACUUGUCUGACGCCCCCUGGGGCGACGCCUGCAUCGACGAAGUCAAAUCUAUCCUCAACGCCCAACCCACCCCUCCCUACGGCCAGCCCCUGAGGGACUACUUUGAAUCCUCCUUCUCCGUCUGGGUCACCGCCAACCUAGCCACAUCCUCCCCCGCCGCGGGGCACACCCCCGUCAACUCGGCCGACAUCGUCACCCUCUGCUCGCAAUGGCAGACAUCCCGCUGGGUCGGACAGACAGUCCCUGCCUCUGUGACCGCUGAUCACGAAGCGUACAAGCUGAACUGGUCCUCGUGGGCUCGAAAUGCGGGCAGUGCGCUGGAGUCGGCGGUGGAGGAGUGCAAGACUGUCGUUUACAACGGGGCGAUGGGGCAGGCGGUUUUGGCUGUGGCUACCAAUCAGCGACAGUGCAGUGAGGGGUUCUCGUUGAUGCAUAGUUUGAAGACUGCGCCUUCGGGGGCGGAGGUUACUAGUCUGGGACUUGGGGCUGUUCAGACAGGUGGUGGUGAUGGUGGUGAUGAUGGUGUUACUAGCACGACGGUUUCUACUGCUGGUGCUGCCAGGGAGACUGGGUAUGUCGUUGCUGUUGUGGUUGCUGCUGCUGGGGUUGCUGCUGCUCUCUAA